AUGAUGAAUUCGAGUGGUGCCAUGGAAAACGAUGUGAACGCGACACCUAUGGAAACGGAUGAUGAAAUCGAACAAUUUGUGGCUCAAACUACCAACAUUGAAAUGACGCCAACGGGAAUCACACCCAACAUCAAUCUGCCCGUUUCGUCAGUUGCACCUAUUUUAAACCCUUCAUCGCCGUCAGUAGCGGUUCUCAAUAACAAACCGCCCACGACGUCAGUAACUCUCAACAAUCUACUGGUACCACAAGUCGCACCACUCAUCAGUUCGACUAUAUCGACAAACGCUCCACUUAUCAAUCCGUCCAUGUCUCCAAUCGUACAUGCAAGUCACGCGCCAGUGUCCACUGUCACGUCUCUUAACAGCACUCCAGUGUCAACAAUAGCUGUGCUCAAUAAUCCUUCAGUAGUGACUACCACCCAACAAAAUAUUCAGCAGCAGCAACAACAACAACUCCAACAGCAAUUACCUCUACAACAGAAGCAACAACUACCGACUCAACAACAACAAAUCCAACUCCAGCAGCAGCAACUACAACAAAUGCAACAAAAACAACUAUUAAUACAACAGCAACAAAUAAAACAUCACCAACAACAACAAAUAAAACAGCUACCGCAACCACAAUUACUACAACAACUUCAACAACAACCACAGCAACAUCAACAGCCGCAACAACAAUCAACUCAGCAGCAGCCCCAGCAACAGCCCCAACAACUUCAACAACAACAACACCAACAGCUACAGCAACAACAUCAACAGCUACAGCAACAACAAACAUCUCAGCAGCAGCAACAACUAACAUCUCAGCAGCAACAACUACCGCAACAACUAACGUCUCAGCAGCAGCAACUACCGCAACAACUAACGUCUCAGCAACAGCAGCAACAACAACAACUACCGCAACAACAACAAGCAGCACAGCAACUACCGUCACAGCAGCAGCAACAGCAACAGCAGACAAUACAGCAACUACAACCACUAGUGACGCAACAACAACAAUUACCGUCACAGCAACAACAACAGACAGUGCAGCAGCCACAACAACAACAAAUGGUUCAGCAACAAUUACCAUCACAGCAACAGCAACAGCAACAGGAAUUGCCACAACCACCACAACUUACCAUUAAAAGCUUGAUUAAUGCAGACAGUGCAGCUCAGCAGCAACUACCGCAACAACUAACGUCUCAGCAGCAGCAACUACCGCAACAACUAACGUCUCAGCAACAGCAGCAACAACAACAACUACCGCAACAACAACAAGCAGCACAGCAACUACCGUCACAGCAGCAGCAACAGCAACAGCAGACAAUACAGCAACUACAACCACUAGUGACGCAACAACAACAAUUACCGUCACAGCAACAACAACAGACAGUGCAGCAGCCACAACAACAACAAAUGGUUCAGCAACAAUUACCAUCACAGCAACAGCAACAGCAACAGGAAUUGCCACAACCACCACAACUUACCAUUAAAAGCUUGAUUAAUGCAGACAGUGCAGCUUUGUUAACAAAAACACGUUUGCGUGAACUAGUCAAAGAAGUUGAUCCAAAUGAACAGUUAGAAGAAGACGUAGAAGAUCUUAUGUUGCAAUUAUCUGAUGAUUUUGUCAAUGAAUUAGUCAAAGCAGCGUGCGUAUUUGCUAAACACAGAAAAUCAAAUAUUGUUGAAGUUAAAGACGUCCAAAUUUACUUAGAACGGUACUUAAAUAUGUGGAUACCUGGUUUUGGCACUGAUGAAUUGAAACCGUAUAAGAAAGCACCAAUUACUGAAGCCCAUAAACAACGAACAGCGCUUAUCAAGAAAGUUGCUAGUAAAAAAUACUAAUAUAAAUAUUAAUUUAAUACAUGUCACCAGCACUACUGUUCAGAAUUUCUUCAACAUUUAUUUUUGGUUGUUUAAAACACCAUUUAAGGAAUAUUUAAUAUAAAAUUGGAUGAAUGUAAGACUUACUCUAAUAAUAAAACAAUA